ACGAAUUUUAAAACCAAACCCCAGUUUAAAGUUAACAUAUCUGAAUCUGAAUUGCUUGGAGUAUAAAAGACGAUGGAGCAUCAAGUGAAGUUAGGAUAUCUAAAUAUACAAUCGCUCAAAAAUUUAAAUAGUCCCACAAUUUUAAAAAAAUUAAAUCAACUAAAAGGCUUGAUCGAAAGAAAACAGCCUGACGUACUGGCAAUCACUGAAUCGUGGUUGAGAAAUGAUAGAAAGUAUGACGCCUUGGAGAUAGAUGGAUACACACUCUUCAGAGAGGAUCGACCGUACGACGAACGUGGUGGAGGAGUACUGCUUUACGUACGUGCGGGACUUGAACCUAAUAGAAUACAAGUACCGCGGUCGGAGUCUGCUGAUCAACUAUUCGUUAGUAUAUGUUUUAAUGGUAAUACUUAUGUAAUCGGUGUAGUCUACGAUCCUCCUUUAAAAAAAAAUUACUCCGUAAACGACAAAAAAAACUUUGUGGAUGCUCUAAGGAACUCACUGGUGUUAGCGACGGAAGUAUCGAACACUGUCGUAUGUGUUGGAGACGUAAAUGUAAAUUUCUUAGACACAGAUAGUUCUCUAACUAGAUACUUCAGCGGCAUGCUGUCCCGAAUUGGGUUUAUCCAGAUGAUAAGAGAACCCACACACUAUACUUCUACUGAAACACUUAUUGAUGUUUUACUGUGUAAAGAGCCAAGGAUAGUUACAGAACCGAUACUUGAAGAACUUGACGGGUUCUCAAAGCAUCGAUAUAUAAGUUGUAACAUAGGAGUCACUGUGACUUCGGACGAUAACAGCAACAGUACAACCGCGUUGGGUCCCAGUUCGGAUGAUGACAUUAUUCAGGAUAGUAUUAGAAGUGUCAAUACAACUGCAUUGAGCCUGUCAUUGCUGAGGAUAUAAUGAAACUCGCAACGGAGUUACAAGAAAGCCGACGUUUUAUUGAUGAUAAGAAUAUUUCUUCAACCGAUACGUCGGUGGAAUGGGAUUCCAGAAAAGAACUAUCAAUUCAAAAAUCCCUGUUAGAUAAAAAAGCCACGUCCCAUUCCGUUUCACCAGAUCUUUGAUAUCACCAGGUACUCAAAAAUAGAUUAUUCCGAUCACAGACAAUCGAUUUGCUUGACAACUAUGGCAGUGCAUUGCGUGAACUUUAGUACGAGAAAAAAGUACAACAUAAGAUCUUUUAAAUCUUCGGUUUUACUCCUGUACUAAUAAAAUCAGUGUUAUCCUAGUUAUAGAAUAUUUGUGAUAUAUGAUAUGUGGUUUAGGAUUCGGAUGUUCCGAAUGGUAUUUUAUCAUUACUAGUCAUAAUAUGUAUUACUGUUUAAGUGUUAUGUAUUUUUUUAGUUUUGUUUUGUUACCUAUUCAUUAAAUAAUCUUUAUUACUUAUCAUCAUAUGUUAUAAUAAAUAAUGAACGAUUCAUCUGCGUUUGGAUCUCAUGAGAGACAUUCGAAGAACGUGCGUCUGGUAAAUCAGAAUCGUGACUCAAUAGUAUUGUUUAGUAAAGAAUUGAGUUGUAGUUUAGUAUAACC